GGCGCGGCGGCCGCCCCUCAGCGCCGUGAGGCGGCUCCGGGCCGGGCCUGGGGAGGCUCCGAGCGGCUCCACCGGCCCCGCUCCGCUCCGGCCCCGCUCCACCGGCCCCGCUCCACCGGCCCCUUUCCGACCCCUCCGCUCCUCUCCCGGCGGCUCCCGAUCUUCUCCGCUCCCCUGAGCAGCCGCCGGUGCCCGGGAUGAGCCGCCCGCGCCGCCCUCAGGGCCGGGCUCGCCCCUCGGAGCCUCGCGGGAUGGGAUCGCUCCAGCUCUGAGCCGCGCCGCCCCUGCUCCAUCAUGGGCGACUCUCCGGUCGGGAGCAGCCCCCCGGAUCCGGGCAAUUCCCAAGGGAAUUCCCAAGGGAACGGCUCCGGCUCUUCCUCCCUCAGCGUCAUCACGGAGGGCGUGGGCGAGCUGGCCCUCAUCGACGCCGAGGUGGCCAAGAAAGCCUGCGAGGAGGUCCUGGAGAAGGUCAAGCAGCUCCACGGAUCCUCUCCCGACUCCAUCCCCAACGGAGCCGGCUGCCAGAUCCGCUGCCUGGACGAUCCUCCGGGCUCGCGCAUCCGCGAGGAAGAGGAGGAGAGCUGCGGCGCCGCCCGGACGGCGCGGCGGCGCCAACACCAAGCCAAGCAAUCCUGGCUCCUCCGCCUCUUCGAAUCCAAACUCUUCGACAUCUCCAUGGCCAUCUCCUACCUGUACAACUCCAAGGAGCCCGGAGUGCAGGCGUACAUCGGGAACCGCCUGUUCUGCUUCCGCGACGAGGAGGUGGAUUUCUACCUCCCGCAGCUCCUCAACAUGUACAUCCACAUGGACGAGGACGUGGGCGACGCCAUCAAACCCUACAUCGUCCACCGCUGCCGCCAGAGCAUCGACUUCUCGCUGCGCUGCGCGCUGCUGCUGGGCGCGUACUCCUCGGAUAUGCACAUCUCCACCCAGCGCCAUUCCCGGGGAACCAAACUCCGCCGCCUCAUCCUUUCCGACGAGCUGAAGCCGGCGGGGAGGAGGAGGGAGGUGGGAGGCGCCGCUCCCGGAGCCGAGACGGGGCUGUCGCCUUCCAAACGGACUCACCAGAGGUCCAAGUCGGACGCCACCGUGUCCAUCAGCCUCAGCAGCAACCUGAAGCGCACGGCCAGCAAUCCCAAGGUGGAGAGCGAGGAGGAGGUCAGAAAUCCAAGGAAUUCAGAGCUGGAUCCAUCCUGGUCCUUCUGGGCUGGGAUAAUGAAUCCUGGAGAGGAGGAAAACCGGGAAAAUCCUGGGAAUUCUGCUCCGCUUUGAUCCCACCCCCCCUUGAGAUCCGUGGGAUUUUCCUUCCCGGGAAAAAUCCGCGGGAAUUCCAAGGGGAUGGGACCAAAAUAAAAAACUUGGGAAUUGCUGGAAGUGAA